AUGCCAAUGGCAUCAGGAUGCCACCCCACCUGGUCUUGCCAGUCCCGCACCUGGGAUGGCAGCCAUCAAAUGCACAGAUGUGCAAAGUGGACAGGCCGAGCGUGCAGUAGGUUGCACAGGGCUUGUCCACCACAUGCAGCAGGGCAACACAGUGGAAACCAAUGUCAAAAAAUGUGCCCUCAGAGCAGGCUCAUGCCCAAGACUUACGACCCACAUCUGUUCAGUCAAUACUGGGCAUUGCACCUCUGCUUGUGCGGCCAAGACAGUCCAGUUCUGGUAGAUUUGUCUGAAAACAAUAGAGGUGAAGAUUGUGCCUAUGUGUGCAUAAAGGCACCUUUUUUUUCCCAGGAGGGGCUCAAGAGCCCCAAAUUUAUCACCAUGGUUGGGAUCAAUCGUGGCAUUGAUGCAACUGUCCUCAAGCACAUUGCAACUGUCGAUCCAGUUCUUUUUCUGGCAGUUGUGAAUGAAGUAUGA